UGUCUGUCAUAUGCGGCAUUUGUUACACAACACCAAAACAAAUUUAUUUAUUGAAAAUAUUGAAUUUAGUUGCUUGUUUUCAAAUAAUAUUUAAAAUUGAUAGGUUUUAAUAACCCGUGACACAUUAGAUCAACUCAAAACCUAUGGUUAUGAGUAACUUACGGAGAGAGGCAUUGAAAUGGUACAAAACGCUUCAGCGCACCAAAGAUCAUGUGUUUGCCGGUGACUAUCGAACCAUUCAAGCUGCCCGGCAGCGCAUCCGGGAGGAAUUUUCGAAGAAUAAAGAUCUACGCGAGGAGAAGGAUAUCCAGGAGAAACUUAAAAUUGCAAGAGACGUUGAUGUUGAGCUGCGAAGUUCGGUCGUUCAGGCGGUGAAGGGUGACGAUAACGUCUAUCAUGCCAAAAUUACCAGUGACACGAAAAAAAUGGAAAAUGUUAUGUUCGAUCCGAAUGCCGAAUUACCGCCUCCAAGGACGAAGAAAUGCGGCGAUGGAAAGAAGUAGUACAUGUUACAUGUGAUUGUAAAUUUUAUUAAAUAAAUUAGUUGAAUACCUGUUGUUUUCGAAAAUAAUUAUUCUAAAUCAUGGGAUAAAGUUAAGUUUGCUGCA